AUGUCUUCUAUUCAACAACCAUCAAGAAAUGAUGAUAAACAAGAUGAUGAUACAUUUUCGAAUCUUGAUUUUCCAACCAAACCAAAUAUUCAAGCUGAACCCUCAGUUUAUGAUACUAUUACUGGCUUUAAUCCAUUCUAG